AUGCCUCAUCGUACCACUUACUUCUUCCCUAGGCAAUUCCCGGAUAGGUCCGGGUUCGAUGCAUCAUCUUCGUCUUCAAAACAAGCAUUAGAUCACGAGAAGAAAAAAGUAACUAAAGAUGCUUUUAACGUCGAAAAUGACCGCCGAAAGUCUUCAUCAAAGGAUCAGUACUCCUCCUCAUCUUCCUUUCCAGUUGGCAAAAAUGCAUCAAAAACAACAAGUACUCCAACCACAAUAACGACACCAAUAUCCGAUCUCUUCACGAGCAGUGAUGACGAAAAGUAUCAUCCGAAGACCAAAAAAUUUGGCGAGGAUGACAAGUAUAAGCAAAAGAAAAAACAACUUGCCGCUUUUUUCGACUGGUUGUCCGAGAAAAAAGUUGAGAAGUCUACUAGUCACGUGAAGUUGCAAAGAUUAUCGAGUGAGGAGGAUCGUAAGCUGCUAGUUACACCGGAGCCGGAACCGGAACCAGAGCCUGUUCUUCCAGUUCCGGAGAUAAUUAAAGAGAGGGAUGUUGACCGGAAUUUUGAUCGGCAAGUGUCGCUGCCAAGAUUAUCGAGCGGGAGUAGUUAUGCUGGUAGCUUGUUCUCGGGGAUUACAACGCUUGAUGGAAACUUUACUACUGAUAUUAAGGUUGACACGUCGACGACGGUGCAUGCUCCAACUAUAAAGCAGGAUGUGGUGCACGAGGUAGUGGAGGAAAAGGAGGAUCAGGAGAAGACGAAGGAAAACUUGGCGGUAAAGACUAAAGAGAGCUAUUAUUUGCAGCUUAGUUUGGCUAAGAGGCUGAGUGCUCAAGCUGAUAUUGCUAGCGAGCUUGUGCUUCUGCAGGAAGGAGUCCCUGACGCCUCCGAUGCACAAACCGUUUCGUAUCGUCUCUGGGUGAGUGGAUGCUUGUCGUACAGUGACAAGAUAUCAGAUGGAUUCUAUAACAUUUUGGGAAUGAAUCCAUAUCUUUGGGUUAUGUGCAAUGAAGAUGAUGAAGUAAGCAAGCUGCCACCUUUAUUGUCGCUCAAAGAAAUUGAACCAAGUGAGACAUCAAUGGAGGUGAUUCUUGUUGAUAGACGUGGUGACUCGCGUCUUAAGGAGCUGGAGGAUAAAGCACAAGAACUAUAUUGUGCUUCUGAGAAUACAUUGGUGUUGGUGGAGCAACUGGGCAAACUUGUUGCUAUUUACAUGGGGGGAACUUUCUCGGGGGAGCAAGGGGAUCUCCAGAAGCGCUGGAAAUUGGUUAGCAGGAGACUGAGGGACUUCCAUAAGUGUAUUGUGCUCCCCAUUGGUAGCCUAUCCAUGGGACUCUGCAGACAUCGCGCGAUUCUAUUCAAGGAUGACUCUGUGUAUGUGUAUGCACUACGCGGAAAGCGAGUUUCAAGCACAUUAGUAACUCGUGGUGAUGUAUUUUGGCGUAUGCAGAAAUUGGCAGACUAUAUAGGUUUGCCAUGUCGGAUUGCUCGAGGUUGCAAGUACUGUGUAGCAGACCACCGGUCUUCUUGCCUUGUCAAAAUUCAGGAUGACAGGCAGUUGUCAAGGGAAUAUGUAGUUGAUCUAGUUGGGCGGCCAGGAAAUGUCCAUGGUCCAGAUUCCACAAUUAAUGGAGGAUUUCUUUCUUCAAUGCCUUCACCAUUUCAAAUUCCGCAUCUAAAAGAAUCACAACAACCUUACAUGGAUGAUGCACCUUAUGAGAUUGUAGACUCGAAGCAUUCAUGUCCUUUUCCCGAAAAUCCUCUAUGUUUAGGCAAUGGGGAAGAAGAGAAACAGACAGAGGAGGAUGGGUGGUUUCAAAAUCUGAAAGUCUCCACUUAUGUACCAGUGGAUCAACCGUACCUUGGAAAAGAAUCAUCCCUGAUGCAUUUGGAUUUGAAAAGGAAUGCUGAAGCUCCUGAAACUGCCAGACGAUCUGUACAUGAAUGUUCUAGACUUGAAGCAGAACAGGUCAUUAUACAACAAACUUACAAGAAAGAGAUGCUUGGGUGUGGAAGUCCAGUUAUAAACAGUGUUGUUGAGCAAACUAAAGUAAAUCUAUCCAAUCAGUCCAAUAUAAAGGAAGUUGGGAGUAGAGUCGACAAUCAAGGUAGACUUCCUUCGGUGACCAUCCCAAGAUAUUUGAAUCUUGAACCUUCACUUGCCAUGGAUUGGCUUGAGAUCUCAUGGGAAGAAUUACAUAUCAAGGAGCGUGUUGGCGCUGGCUCAUUUGGUACGGUGCAUCGUGCUGAAUGGCAUGGAUCGCUUUCAGAAAGUAAAUCCCUUCUUGUGCCAAUACAGGAUGUUGCUGUCAAGGUUCUAACUGUUCAAGAUUUUCAUGAUGAUCAGUUGAGGGAGUUCUUAAGAGAGGUGGCAAUAAUGAAACGUGUUCGCCAUCCAAAUGUGGUUCUCUUCAUGGGUGCCGUCACAAAGCGUCCUCAUCUAUCAAUUGUGACAGAAUAUCUGCCAAGGGGCAGUCUAUACCGUCUCAUACACAGGCCGACUGCAGGUGAAGUGCUAGAUCAAAGGAGGCGGUUACGUAUGGCAUUGGAUGUGGCCAAGGGCAUCAAUUAUCUUCACUGUCUUAAUCCUCCAAUUGUUCACUGGGAUCUUAAAUCUCCAAAUUUGUUGGUUGAUAAGAACUGGACAGUAAAGGUGUGUGAUUUCGGGUUGUCUAGAUUCAAAGCGAACACUUUUAUAUCAUCAAAAUCAGUGGCUGGAACUCCCGAGUGGAUGGCUCCAGAAUUCCUUCGUGGAGAGCCUUCCAAUGAGAAGUCUGAUGUUUACAGUUUCGGAGUUAUCCUAUGGGAGCUUGUGACCCUGCAACAACCAUGGAGUGGACUUGGCCCUGCCCAGGUGGUUGGAGCCGUAGCCUUCCAGAAUAGAAGGCUUUCUAUUCCCCAGGACACGCCUCCAGUAUUGGCUUCUCUCAUGGAAUCUUGCUGGGCUGAUGAUCCAGCUCAGCGCCCAUCUUUUGGUAAGAUUGUCGAGUCCUUGAAGAAGUUGUUAAAGUCGCCACUACAGCCGAUGCAGAUCAGUGGACAAAAGCGAUCUCCCAUCAAAGAUACUUAA